AUGCGUUCGUCCUCUCCUCUCGCCGCUCGCCUCCGCUUCGCACCUCGCCCGAACGCAGUUGCGCGCCCUGGCGCCGCUCGCAAGCUCGUGUGGAAGGCGCACAAGCCUCACUGCGGGCCGGGCAAGGCCGACCCGUUCUUCAUCGAGCCGCUCUCAGACGAGGAGAUUGCCGACUUGCGCCAACGCGCCCGUCUUCCUGUCGUCAAAUCGGACCCGGUCGGUAUCUCGACCGUCGAGCAGGACCUGGUGGCCGCCUCGGGUCUGCCUUUCGAGUACAUCGUCGAGCACCUCACGGGGCCCGUCGACGACCCGGUGUCUCUGCCCGAGAAGCCGUACCUCGUCGGCCUGGUCCGCAGCUCGCGUUUCGCCAACGCCGCCACCGCAGAAGCCAGCCGCAUGUCGGUCGACUCGAUCCGCAACGCGUUCGUCACCGUCGUCAUGAGCUGCUUCAAGCGCGCAGGACUCCUUCCCGUGCACCCUCACAGCGCACCCUGGUUCACGCCCCUCAACCACAAACUCGUCGUCGUCGCGAGCCUGACGUACAUCUGGCUCGGGUUCGUGGCGGGCCACGCGCGCGACCUCCCGAUCGAGCCUGUGCUCGACAAGAUAAUGGUGGCGUACGAGCUGCUCCCGGUCGCUCGCGAGCAGGUGACGAAGUGGGUCCACGACGGGUUCGGGACGGGCGACUUGCGGUACAAGCGGGCGCUCGCGAUGGCACUUUCCAGUGGAGCAACGGUCCGUGAGGGCAGGGCAGAUAGCGCUGGAUAG